AUGGACGAUCGGCUCAUUGCAUUCACAAACAGAUAUUUCCAGAAAGAAAUUAAUCUCAAUAUCAGUGAAGGUGGCUUGAGCGACCACCGCACUCGGCUGGAGAGCCUCAAGGAUGAUUGGGGCCUCGACAUCUCGUUCAGCGCACGACCAGAAUGCCUGAUGAUGACAGAUUACAUCAGCUCCCAGCCUCUCUCGGCGUGUUCCCCCUCUACAAUAUCUUAUCCACCAAGUCCAACCUAUUGGGCGCCCUAUGCGAUCUCCGAUCUUACUGGAGACGCUUCAGAGGAAGAUACACAUAUCAAAGCCCUAUAUAUAAGAUGGUUUGAAUCGUCGGGAGUAUCAAGCGAACGGCUUAGCCGGAAUUGCAGCCCGAUACGUUUUCGCCCUACUCGGGAGCUUCCAUUGGAGAGUGCAAUAGUAACGUCGUCCACACAUAACGAAGGUCCUGGUGUUGGCAUCCCUCCCCAUGCUCUCUCAGAGCCUGAAGACGCUCUUAGCAUCAAGGUAGUGACAAAAGACCUGAAAGCCAUGGGUUUGGCCGCUGGGGGAAAGCUAGUCCAGGAUAUAUAUCGCGAUCCGUUUCCCGUUCGCAACUGGAACACAGAGGCCACCCGUCUUGUUAACAUACAUAUUCUUGACCCAGCCAGCUGCGAGAAAGUGACGCACAUCGUUCCCCCACCACCACCACCCAUCGACGCAGCAGAAUAUGCUGAGGCGAAAUUGCCAUUCUAUGUGGUCGAAGAACAGGUCGACAACCGUCUUGAAGGUGGCGAUUUCGAUAACGUUAUCUCGGUGAGUGCGAUGGAUAAGGACCAGGGUGUGACGAGAGAGCCGGAAUUUGAUCCAUCAAAACCAAGGAUGUGCGGAGGAUGUGAGAUGCGGCUGUGUGACUGCAUUAUUCGACCAUGCGACCACCAAUUCUGCAACGUCUGCAUCAGGAGACUGGACACCAAUAGCAACAACGGGCCACAAGAGCGAAUCAGCAGCAGCAGCAGCAGCGAGCAGCAGAUCAGGCGCUGGAGAUGUCCCACUUGCGGGAGCGAUGUUUCACAUGUCGCAGGCUUCUCCGCCCCGAUGAAUCUUCCCGGAGAAGAGGCGUUGAGGGUCAAAGUCCCUGUUCAUGUGUUGAAGGUUGAAGACGGGAGGGUCAAAUUUAAGUCUAUCCAGACCACGAGGAUCUAG